UACAUACCUACAUCAUACGUGAAAAAGUCUUCAAAUAAAACAUGACAAUUUGACAAUAUGUCACCACAUCAAAGCCAAUAUAAUAUUUUUUAUAUUUACAUAAUUCCAGUGAAAUAAUUUCGUUUAAUUAAAAAAAUUCAUAUUCCGUCCACGGUUAGAAAAAAAUCUUAAAAUUUCAAUUGGUUUGAAUUAACGACCCAGGUAAACAAAUGACACCACAGGCAAUAAAUUGUGGCUUCUCGACAAAUAAUAUUUUCUUUCCAUCCACCACAUGCUCUUUUCAAUGGGGAUACCUCUUACUCAUAUAAGUCCCAUUCGAGAGACCACGAAUGUUUGUGGAACGUAUUGCUUGCUUAUUCAUUCCCCUUCUUUUAUUUAUUUUUCAAUUUAAUAUUUUUCGUUACUCACGAUCGAGAUUUCUCUCAUCAACUCAACUCAGCUCUAUGCACUCUGUUUUCAGCCAGCCAGCCAUCCAUAAGCCAGGCCUUGUGCUUGUUUGUACAUAGUCUUGGUGUGUUUGUCUUCCCAAAAUCCAAAAUCGCAGCCUGGCUUCAAGUUGCCGUUGAGUCUUUUUUUAGUUAGCCACUUACUUUGACAGCGAUCGGUUGUCAGUUCGUCGUCGUUUGGAUUCGUCUCUUGUCUUGUCUUAUUGAAUAAAAAUCUCCUCUCGUCCGGGAGUCGUCUAUUCUUUCUUUAUUUUUUUGCUUCUUUCGCAUUUUUAGUGUGUCACAGAGCAGCAGCAUUUCGUAACACAAUUGUUUUGAAUUUGUUGUUGUAAACUCUCGUUUGGAUUUUGUAUGUUCAAUGGUGUCUUGUUGCUUUUGAAAAAAAAAAGUGGCAAAUAAGAGAUAUUAAGUGCUACAUUGCGCGCAAAGAGCUGUUGUUGUUGUUCAAUAAGAGGACACACACGGGUCUCAAAAGCAAAAUAUUUGUGAGUGAGCUUUAACAAGAAAAGAAGAAUUGUUGUCGUGUGGCCGUAUGUCUUGUUGAUUCCGGUAAUGUUGCAAAACUUUUAAAUGCAUGUUUUGUCGUCGUCGUCUUUUGAUUCGAUGUCGGUUAAAAACGGUGAAUAAAAACAAUUGAUGGGCAUCAUCAAUCUUCAACAAAAGAACACAAGACUUAUUUCGAAAUUCUUUAUUUUUUCGAAAAGAGAGAUUAAACGUUAAAAGGUUAUCCAAUUAACAAAAGCUAAAGGAAUGCUCUUAACUGUUUUGACUAAGAUAUUAUGAAAUCGAAUGUAUCGGGGCGAGUUUUAUCGCAAUCGGGAUCAUCAUCAUCGUCAUCAGGAUGUAGACCGCAACAAAAUUUUUUCUACAAUUUCCAUCAUCAUCAAAAUCAAUCACACCAACAACAACAACAGCACCAGAAUCAUCACCAACAGCAACCCUACCACCCCCAUCAUCAUCAACAACCACCACCACCAUCACAACAUCAAAACUAUGCAAUGCUUCCAUGUUUUAACCAACACAAUGCCAAUGGUUGGGCAGGGAUACCUUUAAUCUCUACUGCUGCUUCUUCAAAUCGUCGUCAAAGGAAGCCAACUGUUGGUGGAGGACAAAGACAUCCACCACCUCCAACACCACAAUCAAUGUCCUGUAAUUCCCUCCAGCAAAUUUAUAACUCUAACCGAGAUCUACAUUCAAACGAGUAUGACAUGAAUCCAAUGACUCGUUUAGCAAUGCACACUCAAGGAGCUCCAUUACUCCUAUCAGGAUCCUAUAAUCGAAAUCGUUUGAAUUGCAAUCGUCAACUGAGACCUUUGAAUCCUAAUUCGUCCGAAGGAUAUAAUUCGUCUUGUGGUAAUGGCGGAAGUGGUGUUGGUGGUUUCAAGCCAAAUGUUCCAAUUCAUCAUCAAAAAACAAAAGAAAACAAUAUAUCCGGGCCAGUUGGUAGUUGCGGAGGGGUCACAAACACACAAAGUGACUCGGCAACAGUAGCUUGUCUACCCAGAAUCAUCAAACCAAGGAAACGAAGGAAAAAGGAUCGCAAACCUUUGCCAAAUACAACAAAUUUUAUUAAAAAAAUGGAUCAUGAAACGGAUACAGGUGGUGUUUUUCCAAGGCGAGACCAUCAUCAACUCUAUAUUGAUCAGAAUCAACAUCAACACCAUAUCACUCUUCCAUCGUCCUCACAGAUGUUGAGUGGUGGUGGUGGUGAUUGUGGGAAUGGUUUCAAUGAAUUCGAGAAUAUCCGAUGUAAUCUUAAAAAUGAUGAGCCAAGUCACGUCACAGAUGCCCAGGAUCCAGCAACAGGAUCCAUUUGUUUUUGUCGUCAAUGCGAUCCACUUAGUCGCAUAUGGGCAUUUCCAUUACGUCGCUCACAUUCUGAUAACUCAUCUGAUACUACAGAAUUUGAAAGAGCCACCAUUAAUAAGAAUGUCGGUGUUAUCGGUUCGAAUCGUUCUCAAGUAAACCUUAAAACUACCACUACUGGAAGUUUAAGUGAUUCCAGUGAUUCAGGAUAUGGUGAUAUCUUGAGUGGAAUUCAAAUUGGUGAUAAUUUCUUUCAAAAUAAUCACGAUAAUAAUAAUUAUUUGCAAUUACAAAAGCUUCCAAAUGAUCUCCUUUUAAGUCCUACAGCUGAAUCUCUUUUAACUGAAAGUAUAAAUGAAAUAUCACGUAAAUUAAUGGAAACUUGCGAUAUUAAAGGUGCAAGUACCGGAGGGAGUAUUGGAUGUGGUAGUAGUUCAUCAUCAUCAUCUUCAUCAUCUACAUCGGAUAGUUGUAGUGUUUUCUCAGACAGUGGAUUGAGUAGUGCCACUAGUAACAAUCAACCAAGUGGUGAUGAAUUGAUAUUCAAUUUUGAGAAUCUCUCAAUAAACUCUUUAAAUCAACAUCAUCCUAACUUGAUGUUUCCCAAUGCUACCAAUGUUAACAAUGAAUCCAUGUUUGAUUGUUUCUCAACAUCAGCAGACAUCAACAAUAAUACUAUUUAUGUACCAGCAAGUGAUGGUGGUGGAGGAGGAGGAGGAGUAGGAUCACCCAGGAUAGAUCCGCAACUCUUUAAUUGCCUAGACAUGCUAUGGGGUACUCAUAGUACCCAUUCGUCGUCGUUGUUGAUGCACUCAGACGCUCCCAAACAAAUAUCAUCAUCUCCAUCAUCAUCAUCAACAACAUCGUCGUCUUCAUCAUCAUCGUCGACUUCGUUUUAUCGACCUGCAGUAGCAUCCAUGUAGGGUCUUUUUUUAUCAAGCAAAUAACCUUAGCUUAAGUAUUUAUUUUUUACUUUUGUUAUAAGAAAAAAAGAAAGAAAUACGAAAAAAAAGAGAGGCAAAAAAAACUUACCAAGAAAAACAAUACCGGUUCAUUGCCUGAACGACCGACGAUGACGAUGAAAAGUAAAACUUUCACUUUCAUUUGGUUUUUUGCAUACUCACCGUCAACGCAGAUUGUUUGUGUAUGCGAAUGUAGAUGGCGUUUUAUACAUAGUUUUAUAGAGAUAUAGUUUUAUAUACGUAUUCAUACAAUUUAUAUUAACCACGACGAGUGUGGUAUCUUUUUUCAAAUCGAUUUUAUUUAUUUAUUCAGCGCAUUUAUUCAUUCUCUCUUAAAAUUUUUUUUUUCGUUGUUUAUGUUUUUUUUAUAUCAUUUUCUAUCUCACGGUUAGUAAUUUUUCUCCGGCAUUAGUGUAGAGAGGUUCCUUUUUUUUUGUUGUUGUUGUUAAAUUUAAUUUGUAUGCUUUUUGUUAGUUUAUAGUAAUUUUUGUGGGGAAUAUUUAUAUUGUUUUGAUGUUUUUGAUAAAUUAUCAUAGAGGGCAGCACAUACAAAUUACCAACAAGUGAAAGGGAAGACAAACAGAUUUCCGAAGAAGUUCUGUUUGUUUGUGUGUACUGAUUUGUAUUGUUUGAUUUGUUGUAUUGAGUGUGCUGUUGUUGUGUAGCGGUUAUUGCUCAAUAUAUCUCUCUCUGACUGAAUUCGAAACUGAAUCAUUUUGUUUGUUUGAUUUGUUUUAAAAGAAUCCGGUUUUUCAUCAUUUUUCCCAAUGGUAUGUUUUGGUUUGGUUGGUAGGGUAUAAUAGCCUCCUAUGACAUUUAAAAAUAAUUUAUCUAUGUAAUAUGCAAAUAUGUUAAACGGAGCUUAACAACAACUAUGUAACUCUUGACAGUGGAGGAGAGUUGUAGAAACAUACCAUUAAAAAGAAAACUGGGUGUUUUUUUUUCUUCUCACCUUGAGAUGUUUCUAAGAAAUAGUAACCACAAGAAAAAACAACAACAACAAAUCACGAUGAUAUGUUUUAGAUUUUUAUUUAUUCAAGGUUAAUUUUAAAAUUCAAAUGUUAAUUUAGUUUUUUUUUUACUUCUUUGUUUUUAUUAUAUCAAAGAAUAUAU